AUGUGUAUCCGCAUCACCGAGCGCUAUGCCGUCUGCAAAUGCACCUACUUCACCCACGGCAUCGACCAAUGCCAAUCCGUCGGCCGACAAGGCCACAACAUCCAAGAGAAGACCGUCCUCGUCGGCUAUGCCUGCCAGCACCACUCGCCCAACCACGGCCCCCACGGCCCGCCCGCCCGCAUUGGCAUCCUGCCCGACCUGGUCUCCUCGUCGUCCUCAUCGAGCUCGGGGUACUCGUACCAGUAG